AUGGCUAAUAUAUUAGAAAGCAUUCUGCAGUCCACAAAAUAUUACGCCCCGGAAUCGUGGGUUCCAGGCAAAUCGGAAGAAAUUGCCCGGCUGAUCAACUUGUGCGCGCGAGACGGAAAUGAAGCGGCCCUGAUAAUCACCCAUAUGAUCUGCGACAGCAACGGAUUUAGGCAUACCGUGGAGACUGGUGGAGCAGACCAAUUCUACACUCCCUACUAUGGCCGCGGCUAUAUCAAGCUUACCUGGAGAGGUAACUAUCAAGAAGCAUCUCGUGAUCUCUGCGAAGAGGAUCUAAUCCACAACCCGGAUAUUAUUAACAGUAGUGUUGAGUGGUGCACACGAGUGUCUCUCUGGUACUGGGAGAAAAGAGUCCGUCCAGUAUUGGAUAGAUCGGUUGACAAAAGUUUCCACUUUGUUGCAAAAACGUUCAAUCCGGAGGCGGAGAGAGAUUCCGAUUACGGUUCGGAGCGGUACGAAGUUUAUUGUCAGGCAGCCCGAAUGUUGGGUGUAAAAAGUUUGAUGAGUUAUCAUUGA